GUUACGUUUUUUAAUUUUAAUUUUUUACCUAAACAAUGUUUAUUCGGCAAAUUCGAAAUUACUUUUUUAGCGCCUUCAAUAAAAAUUUGUCGUCGCAGUAUGCCAUCGAAAGAACGGAAUGAAUGCAUCAAAAACAGCGUGAAUGAGUUGUUACCUUCAAUAAUUCACGGAUACGAUCCUUUAGGAAUUCCCGACUUGGAUCCAUAUAGCGUUGGUAUCGAACGAUUUUCAGUUGGAGAAGGAAUUUUAUCAGUUAAAAUUUUAAUCGAAGAUUCAAAGACUUUGGGAAUCAGUACGGCAAAUGUCACAAAUGUCAAAUCAAAAAUCACAAAAGACAAUUUUGGCGUCAUUUUGGAUGUGGAUUUUUCGAAAAUGACUGCCGAAGGAAAUUACAAAGGCGACACUCGAGUGAAUGAUUUUUCGUUCAAGUCAAAGGGAUUUUUCACACUGAACAUUUUUAAACCGAAAUUCAAGCUGAAAUUCCUCGGAAAAAUUAAACCAACGAAUGGACAAAAUUUCGUCGAUAUUCACACGAUUAAAAUAAUGGAUACCCAAGUUGAGGAUCUAAAUGUUGAUUUUACGGGACUUGUAGCUGAGCCAGUUGUUAAUCAGUUUGCUCUCGAGUUUAUUAACCAAAAUUGGAGAAAUUUUUAUCAACAGCUUGUUCCUCGUGCAGUAGUUUCAUGGGAGCCGAUAUACUUGUCUGUAGCGAAAAAGUUCUUUGAUAACAUUCCUUUGGAUGAGUUGAUGCCGGAAUGAUAAAGAGUUUUUUUUAAAAUUAAACAUCGACUUGUAGGUUUAAAGGAAUUUUAGGAAAUCCAUGACAAUUUAUAAGUUAUCUUCAAAAUUAAUUUUAGAAGCUUAUGAACAAUAUUACCUGAUGAUUUUUUUUAAAAAAAAUUGCCCUAUGAACAAUUUGAUUUAGAUUUUUACGCUAAACGUCACAAAAAUUAAGAAAAACCUCACUCUGAAAGAAUAAGCGAACGAAAAAACAUGUAAUUUUAUUCUUCUAGGUAAAAUUUAAGAAAGAGAAUCAUUUGUGACUUUGAGAAUCAUCAAUUAAAACAUUAAUUUUUGUUAUCAGGCCAUCUUGGAUCCAGUGUGGCAUCCAUAUCAUCCCCCAUUUUGUUUUGUCCAGCUUAAAUGAUCAAAAUUUGAAAUUAGCGACUGAAAUCUGAUCAGUUGAGCUUUUAAAAUUAAUUUUGAAAUUCAUUUGAAACUUUUUAUGGAUGUUUUUGACAAAUUUGAGGUUAAGUUAUCUUCAUUUGGAUCAAAAUAUAAAUCUUUUCAAAGUGAAUUUGUACCCUAUGGGCGAAAAACGGGUCAGAUUUGACUCCUGAGGGGUCAACCUGAUCCUUUAGGAGUCAAUUUGUACAA